ACAUUAUUGCAAGUUGUAAAUAACAUAAUACAGACAGGUGAGUUCAACUAAAAAUUUUGUGAAUCUCCCUUUCCUCUCCUCUUCCAUGAGUCUCAGAAGGACAAAAUGGUAACUGCGAGCGUGAGUGAGUAACGCCAACAGGAAACAACAUUUUACAUCUUCCUUGGACUCCCCAUCCUGUCCUCACUCGACUCGCGUCACAUUCACAUUGCCAGACCAGAAUCGCCUCCCUCUCUCCUCUGCCUCACAUCGCAUGAUCCUCCUCCUCCUCCUCCUCAUCACAAACCCUUGUGCUUCUGCUGGCGGUGGUGUACGAUGAUGAUUAUUCAGCCCCUCUUCCUGUGUCCCUUCUUCUUCUUCUUCUUCUACUUUCCCAUUUAUUCUUCUCUCGCCGACGCCGCAGACUCCAUCUCAGGAAACCAGACUCUUUCCGGGGAUCAAACUAUCGUUUCUUCCGGCGAAAACUUCGUGCUUGGAUUCUUCCAUCCGGGCAAUUCUUCAAGGUACUAUAUAGGCAUAUGGUACAAAAAAGUGGAGAAGCCAACUAUUGUCUGGGUGGCCAACAGAGAAACCCCUGUCCUCGACAAGAAUUCAAGCCACCUCAGGAUUUUAGACGGCAACUUGGUGCUGCUCAACGAGGCCGGAUCCCAGGUUUGGUCCACUUCCUUGAGUUCCACCAGUAAUACUAGUACUAGUUCUUCUAGCGUGGUAGCAGUGCUCCUUGACAACGGUAACUUGGUUUUGAGGAGGAGGGAUGAUGUGGGGUCAAAAUCGAAUUCUAGCUUUUUGUGGGAAAGCUUUAAUAACAUAGCAGAUACAUGGCUGCCCGGGGGGAAGCUCGCUUAUGAUAAAACGAGGAAUAAAUCGCAGCUUUUAAUUUCUUGGAAGAAUUCCCAAGAUCCCGCACCGGGUCUGUAUUCCCUUGAGCUGGAUCCCGUUCAGAGACAGUAUAUCAUACGGUGGAAUCGGAGCGAGGAGUACUGGAGCAGUGGCCCUUGGAAUGGUCAAAUUUUCAGCGGCGUCCCCGAAAUGAGGUUGAAUUACAUCUAUGAUUUUAGCUAUAUUAAUGAUACCGAGGAGAGCUACUUCACAUAUUCCCUCUACAAUCCAUCCAUCAUAUCAAGAUUCGUUAUGGAUAUCUCGGGGCAGAUUCGGCAGACCUCGUGGACCAACUCGGAUUGGAAUCUGUUUUGGUCUCAGCCGAGGCAGCAGUGUGAGGUUUAUUCGUAUUGUGGAGCAUUCGGCUCCUGCAAUCAGAACAUGCCCUUCUGCAAAUGUCUACCAGGGUUUAGGCCUAAUUCUCCCAAUGACUGGGAUUUGAAUGACUUUUCGGGUGGUUGUGCGCGAGAGAUGGCUUUGGAUUGUAAUUAUGCUAAUGGUAGUAGUAGCAGUAAAGAUAAGUUUCUGAUGCGGUCUUACGUGAGCCAUCCUGUGAUCGGACAACAGUCGCUGCCAGUUGCGGACUCGGCUGAAUGUCAGUUGAGUUGCUUGAAUAAUUGCUCCUGCACGGCCUACGCCUAUGAUGGAAAUGGAAAUGGAAAUGCUUGCUUUGUUUGGCAUGGAGAAUUGAUUAAUCUGCAGCAAUAUAAUGAAGGAGAUAGUAAUGGGAAAACAAUAUAUCUCAGACUUUCUGCCUCUUCACCCGAGUUUGCUGCAGCUGGCAAGGACGAUCAUAAGGGUCUCAUGAUCGGCUCUAUCUUGGGUGCUGUUGUUGCCAUAUUGGUUGUGGCUGCAAUCCUAAUGGCGGUAUUCUGGAGGCGUACAAGGAAGCCAACCAUUGGAAGCUUGAAAGGUGCCGAGGGUUCGCUGCUGGCAUUUGGAUACAAAGAUUUGCAGAAUGUCACCAAGAAUUUCUCGGAUAAGCUUGGCGGAGGAGGAUUUGGGUCUGUAUUCAAGGGGACUUUACCAGAUUCGACUAUCAUCGCUGUGAAGAAGCUCGAAAGCAUAAGCCAGGGGGAGAAGCAGUUCAGGACAGAAGUGAGCACAAUCGGGACAAUCCAACAUGUGAAUCUUGUGAGGCUUCGCGGGUUCUGCUCUGAAGGCAAUAACAAGUUGCUGGUGUAUGAUUACAUGGAGAACGGCUCAUUGGAUUCGCAUCUUUUCAAUUCCAGCAAUGAAUCUUGUUCUAACUCUAAGAAGAAGGUGUUGGGGUGGAAGAGUCGGUAUAAUAUUGCAUUAGGAGUAGCUAGGGGGCUGGUGUAUCUGCACGACAAGUGCAGGGACUGCAUCAUCCAUUGUGAUAUAAAGCCGGAGAACAUAUUACUGGACGCGGAGUUGUGCCCCAAAGUGGCAGAUUUUGGAUUGGCGAAAUUGGUGGGGCGUGAUUUCAGCCGUGUAUUGACAACAAUGAGAGGAACAAGGGGAUACCUUGCGCCGGAAUGGAUAUCGGGGGUAGCCAUAACAGCGAAAGCAGAUGUUUAUAGCUAUGGAAUGAUGGUGUUUGAGUUGGUGUCGGGGAGGCGAAACUCGGAGGGGUCUGAGGAUGGGAGAAUGAAAUUCUUCCCGUCACAAGCUGCAAGGGUGAUGAGGGAUGGAGGGGAUGUAGUUGGGCUGGUGGAUAGGAGGAUGACGGAGAAUAUGGAGAUGGAGAUGGAGAUUGCGGAAGAAGAGGUUGGGAAGAUGUUGAGAGUAGCGUGUUGGUGCAUCCAGGAUGAUGAGAGCAGUCGGCCGUCCAUGAGUCAGGUGGUUCAGAUUCUGGAAGGCCUUGUGGGCGUCAAUGUGCCGCCAAUCCCUCGAGCGCUCCAAGUCUUUAUUCAGAGUGCCGACGAAGAAGAAGAAGAAGAAGAAGCCGAGACCAAGAAUAAGGAACACCCAAUAGUGUUCUUUACGGAUUCAUCUAACAGUACCUCCAGCAGCUAGCUAGCUAGCUAGCAAAGAGACAAUGCUUGCUAGCUUUGCUCGAGUCGAGUGUUUCUGCAUUAAUGAAUGAAUGAAUUGAUAUCUGUUUGUUAGCUGUUGUGCAUGAAUAAUACUACUAGUACUACUAAUGAAAGAAUACAUACAUACAGGAUCCAGGAUCGAUCUAUGCAUA